AAACAAAAUUCAUAGAACUGUCAAAACAAUAAAAUUUUUACGAAUGUUUGCAGAAAUUUGUUGAAUUUUCAGAGUUUUCCACCGAAUUGCGUGAAAGUUUUACAUUUUUUCCGCAACGAAAGCAGUCAAUCAAAAUCAUGAAGCAAACAAUUGGAAAUGCUGAUGUGGCGGAUUACUUCAUACGCAUCCUGAAAGACGACGACAGCCUGUCCAGUGGGAUCGCUGCCAUCAAGACCCUGUUGUGGGUUUUGCAGGAAACCGAAUUUGACACCGUACAGGAGUUGCACUCCACUAUUCAGGCGGCGGUCCAGUCGAUGCGCGAAACCGACAAACCAAUGACAUCGGCCGUCUCCGGGAGCGAACUAUUUUUACGCUUCAUCACCCUGGCCAAGUUUGACGAUAAGACCAUCCAGGAAGUUCGGGAGAUUAUGCUCGGAAGGGGUAAAUGCUUCCUGGCAAAGCUACUGGAAAGCAGAAACGUAGUGGCCAAGCAGGCAACCAGUUUCAUCAGCGACGGGUGUCGAAUCUUAACGCACGCCCGGUCCCGCACUGUGCGGGACACGUUGAUCCUGGCGGCCAAAAUGAACAAACGCUUUCAGGUGUUUGUGACGCAAAGUUUUCCAGAUAAACAGGGGGAGCAAAUGCAAACCGAGCUGGAAGCACAAGGAAUCGAGUGCACAUUGAUUUUGGAUUCUGCAGUGGGGUAUGUGAUGGAAACGGUUGAUAUGGUUUUCGUCGGAGCUGAAGGCGUUGUGGAGAGCGGAGGGAUUAUCAACCGCUUGGGAACGUUCACGAUGGCCAUGUGUGCUCGCGAGAUGAAGAAGCCGGUUUACGUGCUGGUAGAGAGCUUCAAAUUUAGCCGCCUUUAUCCAUUGAAUCAACGAGACUUGCCGAACGAUUAUAAGUACUCCAAGUCAAGUUUGAAUGAUAUCUCAAAGGCUCACCCUUUAGUAGAUUAUACGCCCCCUGUCUAUAUAACUCUUCUUUUCACGGAUCUUGGUAUACUGACCCCAUCAGCAGUAAGUGAUGAAUUGAUUAAACUGUAUUUAUAAACAAAUUAUUAUUGAAAAAAAAAUGCUUAAUUUUUUUUAAUCA